UGAUAGACCUUUUUCUUUCGCGUGAAUUUGCAUUCCUUGGUGAGGAUCCUAAUCAAUGAUUGGUUCAUUCCAAGUCCUUCGGCUAUCUAUUGGCACAAGAAAAUGCCUAUCAAUGUUAUCUUUGAAACCGGCCACCCCUCGCAGUGUUUACAGAAAACGUAUGGAUGUGGACCACGUGUUAAUAUAAAGCAUUUUCACGAACAUACAAAGGCACACGUUUUAAAAGAACCCGCGUGGGUCUCAUUCUAGUCUCUAUCAAGCAAGCAUCCUAAUUCUGGACGCUGAACGUCUCUGUAACACUUAACUUGAACAUACAUUGAUUUGUGUGUUGUCAAUACACCUUGCAAAGACGCUAAAUACAAAUACAUAUAUUAUUAUUAUUAUUAUUAUUGUAUUUUAAGAAUAAUAUGUGUUAACUGCCAAAAACAAAUAACUUCUAGAAAUAUUGUUGACAGUGGUACACUCAGUUAGGUAUGGUCAAAGUGGUAAUAGAUAAAUAAAUAAAUAAAUAGUAUAUUAACUUCCAUCCAAUUUUGAAACAGUUGUCAGCAGACAAGUGCUCAGCACCCAUACAAUAUCAUCAAUCUGCAAGGCCAUCUGUUAGUGAACAGUGAUGUUAGUUACAGUGGUACAGUACUAAUAUUAUCCUGAUUCAUUAACUUGCGCUCAACUUACAGGACUAGUAUUGCAGUGCUGCUGUAGUCUGUAGAUCUUUUACAGGUCAUCCAGCCAUCUUCCUGGCCUCCGGCACAUUGCCUUGGACUGCCCAUUCUCCUACUGAGCAGCCUCAGAGACAAAACCAGUUUGAAACAUCACAGUGUAGUGCACACUAAUGUCAGUUUGUUCUGUAGACCUUGUUAGGAAGUCCUUUUUAAUUUGCUGCAUUUGUUUCCUGUUAAAUGUCAAGGCUAGAUGUACUAAGAAUUUGCUCAGAUGAUUUUAAUAGAAUGUUCUGCAAAUGUUUCAUUCAGGCCAAAGAUUACUAACAUGUUUGCACAUCCUUUAUAUGUGUUUCUUUCCAUGUUGCACAUUUGAGACUUAUGUAGUUAACAGUGACAAACGAGAUUCCUGGAAAUAUUUUGUUUAUUUCUAAAACUACACAGAAUGAGUGCCCUUAUGAGCAAUCUAUUUUGAAUUAGCCAAACAUUUAAUUACUAACCUCUUUGGUUUUAUUACCUCUGCUCGUAAAGUUACCCCGUACUUAAUUAUUGACCAUUGCACAUAAUCAUAUUUGCCAAUUUCAAUGAUUUGACUUAUUUUCAUUUGAAUGUUUUGCUCUGCAGGGUGUGAGGGCCCCUUUAAAUGAGCAUUGAUUAUGGAUAUUGUCAUUGGGACUGUGAGAGUGUUAGUUCUCUCCAGUUCACACACGUGUGUAUCUGCUAUACACCAGUGCAAAAUGCUAUUUCAUUUCCAGACUACUAAUACUAAUAUGUAAAUGUAGCUUGUGUGAUCACACUUUCUGUACUUGCACUGUUUGAUAUUUACCUUUUACUCUUACAUUACAUUUAUUUACUUACUGCAUAUCCCUUAAACUGGUAUAUGAAAUUUAAAUGACGGGGCAUUUUCAACACAGCUUAUUAAGGGAGAAUGGAAACAUCCAGCCCCACCUCUUUAAGAGUGAGCAGAGUGUGUUGAACACUACAUUGGACUAGAGUGUUGCACACAUUUUUAUUGGCUGGCAUGAAUAGUGCUCAGCCAGAUCAUCCAAUUAAAUUAUUCAAAUUUUUGGCCAAAAAAAGACAGUAUGAAUAUUACAUUGUUGCAGAGGGGGACUAACACUUCUUGUGAAGAGCAGGCCUAAAAUAGAAACCUACAGCUUUCCUCAAUGUGGGAAGCAGAAUGAAUAUGCAAUGCAGAGUUCUAACAUUGCUGUCAGUUAUUGCUGUUUGCAAACAAUAUCUUUAAUACUGUGUUUUGUGGAUUAUCCUCUCCAUGUUGCAACACAGAGCUUGCUGACCCCAUCGUGCUCUGCUUGUACAAGUACUUUAUAAUAAUGCUGACAAGCACAACCCCCCUCCUGCUAUUUACAAUUGCCUUUUAGCUGUCUUCUUCCUGUGAGAGCCACACUCGCCUCCAGCCAGCCUCCUCCAGCAGAGAUAUCACCAUGGCAUUCAAUGGCAAGUAUGAGAUCGAGAGCCAGGAGAACUACGACGAAUUCCUCAAGAAGAUCGGUAUCCCAGAUGAUACCAUUGAGAAGGGGAGGAACUUCAAGAUUGUUACAGAAGUGAUCCAGAAUGGGAACGAGUUCACCUGGUCCCAGAUCUACCCCCAGAAGACCAUGACAAACAAGUUUGUGAUUGACCAGGAAUCCGAAAUGGAAACCAUGGCGGGCAAGAAAUUCAAGGCCACUGUGACCCUGGAGGGUGGAAAAAUUACAGUGCGAUUCCCUAACUACCAGCACACAGCUGAGAUCUCAGGAGGCAAGCUCGUCGAGUGCUCUACAUCAGGUGGUGUCACAAUGAAGAGAACCAGCAAGAGAAUUUAAAGACAGACUCCAGUACAAGAAAACUAGUGUAAACAAAAAACAUUCAACUGCAAUAAAAUAAAU